CUUAAUUUGGUGAAGUAUCGAUACCAUUGCGGCAGUAUCGAUACGAUACCGAUACUCACCAAGUAUACACACUGGUAUCGAUACGCCCAGCCCUAAGUGAAAGUGAAACCUGAUAACGGUAUUACCGACGGCUAACAACAAAAACGAGUAUCUCAGCUGACCGAAUAUGUCAACAUAGGUCCGGAACAUUUCCACGAGUCCAAAGCAGAAAGAUGUUGGGAAAUCCUCAUUUGCUGAUAUUCACGAUUUAUUUCUUGACUGGACAUGCACUGGAGUGCCAUCCAACUGAGUAUCCCAGAAAUGGACAAUGUUGUCCAAUGUGUCUGCCUGGAAGCCACGUUCGGGAUGAUUGCACCAAAAUCAGUGGCACAACAUGCAGGCCCUGCGUGAAAGGAACCUUCACAGACAUACCAACUGGGCACACCACAUGUUUUCAAUGUACAAUGUGCAAUGAAGUUUCAGGUCUCCGGAUAAAGAAGGCGUGUACCAGGAGUUCAGACGCUGAGUGUCAACCACUUGAGGGUUUCUUCUGCGUGGACAUUGGUAAAGGCAGCUGUGAAAAAGCGCAGAAGCAAACAGUCUGUCAACCGGGACAAUACAUCCGCCAAGAAGGAACAGCCUUUUCAGACACGGUGUGCUCAAACUGCAGCGAUCAAACCUUUUCCAACGGAAUUUCCACAACAUGUCAGCCACACACAAAUUGUGAAUCCCAAAAUCUCUGUUUGAUACAACCAGGGACUCCGUCAACUGAUGCCAAAUGCGGAACAAAUGAACGUUAUCGUGGAAAAAUAACGGCUGCAAUUGUUUUCGUUGUAUUUUUUGGCAUAUUCAUCAUCCUAUCGUACAUAUUUAAAAAAUAUAGAUCUCAACCAGGCGAAAGCAAUGAGCUGUGAAAGUCCUGUCAUCAUCGCAGGAAUAAAGUAACAUUAGCACCGCCGAGAACCCCUGUUCCCACGGAGAGAGACAGACCACACUGAGCACAAACUUUCCCAGACAUUUUGGGACGGCGUGGCUCGGUUGGGAGAACGGCAGUGCUAGCAACCGUGGAUCCUGGUUCCAUCCCCGGUUUCUGCCAUCCUAGUCACGUCCGUUAGGUCCUUGAGCAAGACACUUCACCCACAUUGCUCCUGAUGGGCCGUGGUGAGGGCCUUGCAUGGCAGCUGCCGAGUGAUGAGUGUUCUUGUUACGAGGUCGGAAAUCAAGAUGACCACAUCCACAAAAGCUAUCUCGCUUCAUGGUCUACAGCGCUGCUAACAAAGGGAACAGGUGAUUAGAUAACUCGUUCCAGCUGAGGUAUCCAUUCACCUGUUGCCUGCUUCAUGGCCGGCCCCGGCACACACCCCGCCCGCAGGGGAAGCGUGGAACACGCCCCUCUCCACAUGCCUCCACUUCCAGACACAGGCCGGGCACCCGUCCGGCCGCGCCCACUCCCCCCCCCCGAAUAGCGGGGCAAGAGAGGAAGUCGGCCAUGGCCAUCUGCGUCCCCCGGCCUGUGGACGGCCUGGAAGUUGUAGUGUUGUAAUUCGAGAUACCACCGGGUGAUCCGCGCAUUGGCGUCCUUCAUAUGGUAGAGCCACUGGAGAGGUUUGUGAUCCGAGCAGAGACUGAAGGCCCGCCCCAGCAGGUAGUAGCGGAGAGCCCCGACCGCCCACCGGAUGGCGAGGCACUCCCUCUCCACCGUACUGUACCUCGCCUCCAAGUCCGACAAUUUCCGGCUGAUGUAAAGUAUGGGGCAAUCGACGCCCUCCCCCCGCUGGGUCAAAACUGCCCCCAAUCCCCGGCCCGACGCGUCCGCCUGCAGACAGAAAGGGAUGUUAAAAUUUGGCUCACAGAGUGCUUUCUUUACCUCCUCCAACACCUGCUGGCACCGCUCCAUCCACUGGACCAGGUCUGGAGCACCCUUUCCGGUUAGGUCCGUCAGUGGGCUGGUCAGGUCCGCAAACCGGGGAAUAAAUCGACGGUAGUAGCCCGCCAGUCCCACAAACUACCUCACCUCUUUUUUAGUCUUGAGGGGUGGACAGGCCGCAAUCGCCGCCAUCUUGUCAACCUGCGGCUGCAGCCUCCUCCCCAAGUGGUACCCCAGAUACUGUACCUACCUCCGGCCAACCGCGCACUUCGCCGGGUUGGCGGUGAGCCCCGCCCGCCUCAAGGACUCCCCCACCCGCUGCCGGUGAUCUUCCCAGCUGGUAUUCAUUCAAUACAUAGGAUUUUAGCAGGAUCUGCUGACAUGCUAGCAGAGUAGUGGAUUAAAAAAAAAAAGCUUUUAUAAUUGUAAAGGACAAUGUUUUAUCAACUGAUUGCAAUGAUUUAAAUUUGUUUUAACUAUUAAACGAACCAAAAAAUAACUUAUUUUAUCUUUGUGAAAACAUUGGACACAGUGUGUUGUCAAGCUUAUGAGAUGCGAUGCAAGUGUAAGCCACUGACACUAUUGUUCUUUUUUAUUAUUUUUAUAAAUGUCUAAUCUCCCGAAGGAAUCAAUAAGGUACUAUACAUCUAAUGAUAAUGUCAGUGAUGGAUUUUAAUCACUGCUAUGCUGAAAUUAUAAUUCAUAUUGAUACUGUUGUUGAUAAUAUUUAUUUUUGUUUUCAUUACUUUUGGUUUGUUCCGUGUCGUGUUUGUCUCCUCUCAAUUGCUCUGUUUAUUGCAGUUCUGAGUGUUGCUGGGUCAGGUUUGGUUUUGGAAUUGGAUUGCAUUGUUAUGGUAUUGCUGUGUAGUGGUUUAUUGGAUUGAUUAAAAAAUAAAAAAUAAAAAAUAAAAAUAAAAAAAAUAAAAAAAUAAAAAUUGAUUUUUUAAAAAUGAGAAUCGAUUCUGAAUCGCACAACGUAAUAUAUAUAUAUAUAUAUAUAUAUAUAUAUAUAUAUAUAUAUAUAUAUAUAUAUAUAUAUAUAUAUAUAUAUAUAUAUAUAUAUAUAUUUACCCCCUGCAAUAUAAUAUACCAUAGUUAGUAAAACAAAUAAUAAAUACAUACAUAAUCAUUAUCUCAUUGAAACAUAAACAUUUUUCUAGAUGGUCAUCCUAACUAAUCUUUUCCGUACUUUGGGAACAUUUGUAGUUUGAACAGUCUGUUAAACUGAGUCAUAUUAGUGCUGUGUUUUAUUUAUUUUUUUGAUGCAUCCCAUUAUUAAAUUCCACAUACUGAUAUGCUAAAGGUUGUCAGUGUUGUAUGUGCAUACAAAUGUUUUAAAUCACAUUUUCCUCUAAGGUUAUAUUCAUCCUCUUACUGAGAAGAAUUGUUGUACAUUCUUGGGUAGUAAGUUUUAGUCUGUUUUAUACAUAAUUUUAGCUGUUUGCAAAUGCACUAAAUCAUUACAUUUCAAUAUUUGUGAUAAAGAUUUUUGUGUUUUCUCUAUCUCCAGCAUCAUGUAUUAUUCUAACUGAUAUUUUUGUAACACAGCAAGUGAAUAAAGUGUACUUUUGAA